AUGCGGCCAAUCAGGAAGUGCUCUGUGCGGUUAGUUGCCAAGACCUGGGAGAGCGCACGGAGCAGGGCGAUUAGUGGGGCCCAUGGCGAUCUGUUCGCAGAUCGCCCCGGGGUCCACAGAGCGCAGGGAAGGGACCCUGAUUGGUUGCUCAUAGUUCUAUAUAGGAGCUGGCAGAACGCGCUCUCUCUGGGAGAACGGUUCUGCAGCUAUCAAUGCAUCUGGU